UGGCAAAAGAGAGAGAAAGAGAGAGAGAUAGAGAAAGAGAGUGAGAGCGAAUGAGAGAGAGGCGCGGGAAGGGACGCCAAGGAGAGGCACAGUGGCGGCCGUCCUCUCGCCAGGCCUCAUGUCUAGCACACCGAGAUAACUAGUCGCCAAGGAUCGCAGUCAUGGAGGAGUUACUGUCGUUGAAGUGGAACAACCACCGAACCACUUUCAUCCACAUAUUGGGGGUUCUCAGGGACAAGCAAGCGUACACAGAUGUGACUCUAGCAUGUGACGGCAAAUUCUACAGUGUGCACAAAUUGGUGCUCUCAACAUGCAGUGAUUAUUUUUGUGCCAUGUUUGACAAAACUGCUUGUAAGAGCCCUGUUAUAGUGUUGAAAGACAUUAAAAGUGAGGACCUGGAGGCCUUGCUAGAUUAUAUGUACCUUGGUGAAGUGAAUGUGAGACAGAGUGACUUGGCGUCUUUGAUUAAGGCAGCGGAAAACCUUAGAAUCAAGGGCCUUGCAGUACCUGAUGAUGAACCUCCUAACAAAAGCAGUGGAGGUGCACUUCCUUCUAGGGCAGAACCAAGGAGGGAUGGAGGGAGUGGUAGCCCUCCAGCCAAGAGGAAACGAAGAGAAGAGGUGGAGGAUGGGCGUGAGGAUGUGAGACCCCCUCCCACCCAACCUGGUAGCCUCCACACGCCCCCACCUUCCAGACCAAAGAGCCCUGUUAGUCAGCGGCUGAGUCCCUCCCCACACAGAACCUCUCAGGAGUCCCCAGCGACUGAAGAUCGCACCAGCCGUCCCCUUUCUUCACCAGUAGAGGCCGCGGCGGGCCCCCACACAGCCUCCCAACCUCCUGGCCAGUCUGCGGUAGGCCAGUCAGUCUCCAAUCAGUACCGGUCGGAUGACACACCCUCCUUUGUGAAGGUGGAGAUGGAGGAAGACCACACGGAGGACCUUCAGGGGGACUCGUACAACCUGGGUCCUGAUGGCUACAAGGAGGAGGGAGAUGACUCGGGUGGUACCAUGAAUAACGAUUUACCAGAGUUCCUACAAGCGGCAGCCUCAGGCUCCUUGGCCAGUAGCUCCGCCUCCUUUCCUCACCCCUCCUUUGCAGGACCAUCUGGCUACCAGCCGGGUGACCUGGCUGGGUGGCAGGGUGAUGGCUCCUCCAUAGGGUUUCCUCCUCAUCUUAACUUUAGCACCUCAGAAAGUUCUAGUCAACAGAAUGCACCUGGGGGCAUGGGUGUUCGUGAAAUGGAAAGUUUGAGUGACAGUAGACUGAGAGUCCUCUUGGGUUCCCACACCAAGAGACACAUUUGCUCCCACUGUGGCAAGAGCUUUCAGUCCCCCAAGGACCUACGAAGACACAUUCUCACCCAUACUGGGGAGAAGCCCUACCCCUGCCCAUACUGCAGCCACAGGGCAGCUCUAAAAGGAAACCUCAAAGUGCAUGUUAUCACAGUUCAUGGAAAAGACUUCAACAGAGUCAAAGAGUUGAUUCAGGGACAAGAUCAUGGUCAUGGAAGCAACAUGUUGUAAUUUUGUUUGUUAAUGAAUAUAGAGCUGUAAUAGGUAAUGAGUUUCACAUUAUUUUUAUUUGUCCUGACAUCUUAAGAAAUGCAGGAUUUUCGCUUGCUUUUUUUUAUUCUUGGUGAAUGUUUAGGGAGUUGAGGCAGUGAAACUGUUAGUUCAAGGAGUGAACAGGACUGUCUGUCAAUGACCCUGCAAUACGCACACUUGCCAAGUGACUCAGGGAGGGUGCGUUGUCAUUGCAGGGUGCGGACGUCGUGCACCUAGCAGGUGUGAGCCCGCGUCGUCUGUUGGCUGUCUCCAGACGGCAUCCUUGCGCUCAGUGUGACCGUGCCUUCAGCAGCCUGCGGGACCUGAGCCGGCACUACCUCACCCAUACGGGAGAGAAGCCUUUCCAGUGCCCACAUUGUCCUCAUCGGGCCAACAGGAAAGGAAAUCUGAAGACCCAUAUCCGAGCUCUUCACCCAGACAUUGUUGUGUAGUUUGGUUCAUCAUCAGCCACAUUUGAAUGGCCAGAGGGAAGGGAAGCACUAGUGGGUUUGAAAUGACUAUAGUUCAAAGGUGCCCUUGUAUAUUUGGCUCUCAUUGUGCUUUUGAAGAGUGAUCUAAGCACUUGAUGCACUUGAGAGGUACAUACCACCACUAGGUGCACGUGUUAUGAGAGGAAGGUCAUAUAAAUGGUUUCAGUUUGUAGGUGGUAAGAAAUGGUGAAGUUCUGAGGCCAAGAUUUGUUGAUGUUUUGCAGGCGGUGGGUGGCGCCGUCAGUGGUCUCUUUGUUCAGUGUCCAGCUUGUGGGAAAAAGUGCUAUGGUCGAAACCGCAAGCAGAACAUGGUGCACCACAUGGCCACCCACAGCCGGGAGCGGCCAGUUACCUGCCAGUACUGCCCCUACCGUGCUUCCUCUCAGUCCCAGCUGUUCAGACACAUCACAAUGUUACAUCUCAACACAGGCAGAUCUCUUGCACCUCACACAACGAGCAGCAGCUGAUGCUUUGGGCUUCUUUAAGGGGUUUAGUGAUACAACUUGGCAAAGCUGAAGACAUGGAGAUGGAUUAACAAUAGUCAUUAGCAUCUUUUUGGCAUUCUGUGGCAGGUAAGAUUAUUAUACACAAUAUUGGAGCUGGACACAGCUGAGUGAAUCUCUUCGCCUUCUUGCAGGCAUCAGGAGAGUUGUCGGCUGGAUUGAAGGUUGGUUCCCAUGGCCAACUUGGCCAGGGUGACCUGCAUAGGGCCUUUGAUGUUGCUGGGGCAACACCCAUAGUGGGACUUGAGUGCCCAGUGUGUGGCAAGCGGUUCCAGGGUCGCAAUCGGCGCCAGAAUCUUGAGCACCAUCUGGUAACUCACACGGGUGAACGCCGCUACCCUUGCCCUCUGUGUCCUCAUCGUGCUGCUCACAAGUGGCACCUCAAGACUCAUCUUCUACGUCGCCAUGCCCAACAUCCAGCUCUGGCCCAGAUGAUAGGCACGGCAUCUCAGCCUCCAGGCAACAUCCAAAACCAUGUUGAAGGCCAAAGUCAGCAAGCACAAGUUUAACAUGAAUUAUGUAUGUAUUGUCAAAGGAGUUGUUUAAGGUUAGCAGUCGUCUUAGAUGCGCAUCCGAGGAUUGGAAGGAUUCUUAGUGAAAGAUGCAUGUUGUUAUGUUGCAGACAUGGCGAGUCUCCCCACUCACCUGCGAUGUGUGCGGCAAAAUGUUCUCGGGGCGCAACCGUCGACAAAACCUCCAGCAGCACCUCAUGAUCCAUACAGGGGCCAAACCCUACUCUUGUCCAUACUGCUCUCACUGUACCAACAGGAAAGGGAACCUGGACAUGCACGUCCUGCGUGUGCAUGGUCAAAAUGAUACCUCUCCUCAGCCAUGGAAAUUUAACCCAUGAAAGGGUUGGUCAGUUAAUCUUGCAGUUUCUUUGCUGGUUAAAGACAUGGUUGCUAGAAAGGGCUGCUUAGAUGUUUGGGUUUCCUGGAGGUGAGCACCUGUUGAUGGCUGGGAGUGGGAGUUAACAGAUUCAAGAGGGUUUUAAGAAUGGAGACCUGGGAACUGAGAUUGUGCCAUUUUGCAGAGGGAUGUUGGGAGUGCUGGUGACGUUAUUCUCUGCCACGUGUGUGGGAAAGCAUUCCAAGGGCGCAGUCGGCGAUGGAAGUUGGAUCGCCAUAUGCUACUCCACACAGGAGAGAAGCCUUACCAGUGUCCCUACUGCUCUCACCGUGCUAACCAAAAAAACAACUUGCGGAUGCACAUUCGCGCCAGGCACGAAGAAUGGGUUUCCUCCCAUGGAGGAGAUGGAGUUUCAUGAAUUGGAUACUGACAACUGGAUCUUAGAACAUUAUUUAUGUGCUCUUGAGAAGCAUCUGUAACAAGUGUAGUGUUGACAGUCAUGCAUCAGGUUAAUGCAGUUGUCCCUGAGAAGUCCUAGUGAGACUGGUCUGUUUUGCAGGGGAAGUGUUGCAUGACAGAGGGAUCCACAAGUGCUGGACAGCUCAUCUCCUCUGCACUGUCAAAAUCCCAGGCAUCAUCUAGGCCCUGUCCAGUUUGUGGUAAAACUGUUGACCGGUCCAACUUCAGGAGACAUAUGCGUAUCCAUACAGGAGAAAAGCCAUACAUGUGCCCCUUCUGUCCACACCGGGCAAAUCAGAGAAACAAUCUGCGGCUCCACAUCAGUACUCGCCAUAAUGCAAGCUAAUGGUAAAUUGGAAUAUUGUAGUGGUACUAUUGUUAUCUUAAACUUUUUGUGUAAUUGGUGUUAAUCAUUGGGAGGGGGGCAUAGUAAAUUAUUCAAUUCUCUUUUGGUUGCUCUUUAUGAGUAGUGGUUUUAGUGAGGGUAAAUUAUUUUGCAGGGAAGGAGUUCCAUCAUGAGAGUGCCCCCAGGCAGGGAUUGGCACCAUCCUGCUACACAGACAGUGCCAAAAUCAUCUUCAAACCCUUGUCCAGUGUGUGGCAAAAUGUUUGGAGACAAGUCAAACUUGAGACGACACAUGCGCAUCCACACUGGAGAAAGGCCUUACGCCUGUCCUCUCUGCCCGUACAGGGCAAACCAAAACAACCAGCUAAAGAAGCACGUAGCAACCCAGCAUGAAGGCUAGCCAUCAGGGCUGUCCCUUAUCUUACAAAGCAAAAAAGAAAGAAAUGAAUAAAUUUUUUGUUUCUAAUUUUCAUUUAUGUUUGUUUUUACAAUGAGUCGACAAGUGCUCUUGGCUUAAACUGUGAAGACCCUUCGUCAAAUAGCUUUGUGGUGGUAUGAGGACCAAGGGGUUGUCUGAGUGAGGGUGUUGUGUUUUGCAGGGAAAGUCUUCAACCUUCAGAGGGACCUCAGACCUGGGCCAUCACCAACCCUCCACCCAAUCACAACCACCACAACGGCCGCCAUCACCUUCUAAGCUUUGCUCCAUAUGUGGUAGAGGAUUUGGAGGCAAGAAUCGUCAGUUCAACUUGGCACGUCACAUGCGUACCCACACAGGAGAGAAACCCUAUGCCUGUCCCUUCUGCCCUCAUCGAGCCACACAGAAAGUUAACCUAAAAGGCCAUGUAAUCACCCGUCAUGGUAGAGACAAGUGGAAUGACAUAGCUAUACAAGGGAGUGAUGACUCUGUGAUUGGCUGGAUAAGCCAACCCUGUAAUUUUGAAGAUCACUACACUACCUGAAAUUUGAAGGCCCAAGGGGGCCUUCCUGAAUCAGAACUGAAGCUUUAGUUUGUCUUCACAGCAGCUUGUUGAUGUCCACAAGUUAUCCAAGACAACUAAGCUGGCAUGUUGUGCUUUGCAGGGCUGUGAGACUGAAGUCCAUGGAGAGGCCUUCCUUCAGUGCUCGUUAUGUGGGAAGGCUUUCCACGGAGAUUACCGAAAACGCAACUUGAAGCAGCACCUGACCAUUCACACUGGGGAAAAGCCAUUUCAAUGUCCCUACUGUCCUCACAAAUCCAAUCGUAAGAGCAACCUGAAGGUGCACAUAACUGCUGUUCACUUGAGCAGCAUGGGGAAAGGUCACUGAUACAAGGUAUCCAUGUCGUGAUUUAUUCAUAGUUAUGGUUAUUUUAGUUAUAACUUUAGAUUGUGUGCUUGGUUAUUUUUGCUACAUAAGGAUUAAGUGGAUGAGCAUGGCCUUGCUCUUUGUUGAGUGGAUACCAGUUGUACAAAUCUGUAUGUAAUUGUGUACAUAAAAAUAUGUUUUACAUAA